UACAAUUAGCUUUAGAGUGCUUCGUUUGGGUUGUUUCUUAGAAGAAUAUCAAAAACAAUGGGUUUGAGACUUUUGAUCACAUUUGCAUCCUUGGUUGUGUUGAUUAUCAUAAAUAAAUCAGAAGCUGGAGGAUAUGGCGGUCAUCAUCAUAAGAAAAUCAUAAUACAUGUUCCAGUUCAUAAGAAACAGGAAAAACACGUCCACACCAUUGUCAAACACAUCCAUCAUCAUCAUAAGCCGAUUGUCAUCAAGGAAGAGAAGGUCAUCAAACAUGAAGUCAAGCCAAUUAUAGUGGAGAAACAUAUCAAUCAUGAACAUUUACAACAUCAUCAUCAAUAUGAACAUCCGGUUGUGGAAGAACAUAAGGAAGAAGUUCAUAUUCCUCAUCAUUAUGAACAUCAGGAACACCACGAAGAGGAGCACCACGAGCAUGAACAUGUGGAAUAUGGAGAGUCACAUCAUUAGAAGAAGUAAGAAGCUGACAUACAAAAGUAUAGUGCUGAUGGGUUGAUUGGGUUAUAGGUUAGG